CGUGAAAGUUAAUUGAAUUUACUAUAAGCUUUAAAAAAUCUAGCCUUAAUUAUUUUUCUACGAACAUAGCGGGUAUAUACGUCAUUAAAGGAGUCACCUAUUUAUAUUCGUUAUUUCUGAUUACAAAUUUAUGCUUGACUGCCAGGUAUCCUUCACUCAAAUUUAAUUCUCGCAGCAUUUUCUGCUGAAUUUUCUCAUUCAAAAAGCUCUCUGGGACCUUGAAUCAUAUUUUAUAGUGACACUACAUAUUCUGUCCAUGAAUGGACAAGUGCAACAAAUGACCCAGAAUGAAAAUUUUCCUAAUAAAAUUCCGUCGAAUUCUCAUUGUUUUUAUGCCAACCUUUCCUGUAUGAAUGCAUCACUGUAUACAAAUACAUUUUUUUCAUGGUACAGUAGCGAUGCCAAUUUUCUGAAACUAUUUGAGUUCCCAUUAAUGUUGUCAAAAUUGCCAUUAAUGAUACUUGCAUUGCUUAAUUUAUUAUGUCGUUUGAGCCUUAGUUAAUUUACAACUCAGCAAUUAUGAACAUAUAAGUAUAGUUUAAUUGUACAUAUAUUCUGAUACUAUAUGUUUGAAUAAUUCAUAAAUAUAUUUUAUCCCAAAUGGACAAACAAUGCCAAUUUCACUAUCGGAUGAAAAGACUUGUAACUGUAUCGUAAGAUACUUCAAGUACAUACAAUAGGUAUUCUUGAAGUGCUUUUUCCAGCUCAGUGUAUCAUAUUCUUAUUUUACUAGCAGUAGGUAUACUAUAGGAUUACGAUAUAAGAAUUCAAUCGGUCACCAAUUUUUCAUGUAUCUGUAUCACAAGCCUUGCUUGUUACAGCAGACACAUCAUUAAUGAUGUUAGUUUUAGCUGAUUUAGGCCUCAUACCAUCACUAACCAUUAUCAUUUCUAUAAUAAAUCUAAACAUACUUUGCGGUAAACUUUCUGAGUAGUUUUGCUUCAAUUUUUCCUGAUUUACCAGAGUUUUUGUACACAUAUCAGGUUCUAGAAAAUUUUUUAAGUCAGAAUUUUUAUUAGACCCAACAAUUCAGAAUGAUCUUGGACGCAUUUAAGCUUUAGCAUUACAGUUCACAGAUCUGCAAACUUUUCCUUACAACCAGAUUUCCUCUGGAAUAUUUUCCCACCCAUUUUUACCUGAAUAUCCAUGACUUCUAUUCUUCACGACUGAACGGCAUAUCGAAUGUUCGUUGAAUAAGCAAAGGUCAUGAAGUUGGUCUGAAUCGUUGUGAGCGACUAUAGAAAAAAUUUCCUGGUCUGCCAAAGUAUGAUAUUGAAAACACCAAAUUCGUAAAAAAUGUCACAGUGACUUUGCUGCGGGACGAAUGCAAAUUAAAUUUACAGAUUUAACGUCAGUUAAUUCUGGUAAUGUUGCAACGGUAUGUUGGCGGUUAUCAUUAUUUUGAGUUUAUGUGAAAAUAGUGUUUUUCAAAUACAAAAUGAAAAAUAUUAUGAAUAACUUGUUACAUACAAUUAUCCGAUUUGGUUGGUAAGUAGCUGGAGCAAAAUCUAAGUGUUCCAGCAAGUAUGAAUAAUAAUUUUUGAGAAUCUCUCACCGUACAUAGUUUUAUAUGUAACUCACAUAAUUGUAAUUGGCUGAGUGAGCAUUAAGAAAAAACUUGCGACCUGCAUUAUCAAUAUUUACAGUCUCAAUAUAAACAUAUUGAAGUCAUAAUAAAUCAUAAUUCUACAACAAAUAACCAACUCAUAUUAGAAUUUGAAAGGAUAUUUUCAUGGAUAGAUAAAAUUGUUGGAAGUAUUCAUUGAUUGCAAAUAAAGUCGUUGAGAAAUACUUUAGAUAUAACGCAGCUAUAAUAUAAGAUUAUUUUAUUGUAAUGGGCUCCUUGUGUAAGAAUUUUAUGUAAUUUGACAAGUAGCCAUUUGUCACUUUUACUGUUGUGCAAAUCACCAAAGUCAAUAAGCCAACAUAAAAUAUGUGUAAGAUCAAUUGUUACAUAUCGGGUAUCAAUGGUAAGUAGAAUGUGGUUUAAACUGCAUAAGGCAAAAAUAGUAUUUGAACGAACGAAAAAAACCUGAGAUAUAUAAUCAGUGAAUUCUGUAUCUGAUUAUACACUGGUGGUUUCAGAGUGUGUUAUGGAAGGAUAUUCUGCCUUUGGAAGCACAAUGCCAAACUUUGAUGAUCUUGAUAUUGAGGGACGCAACCCCUCGCGUAUGUCUGAAGAAGAUAGAGAAAAGGUAACAUCUACUAUAGACUCUUCGAACAAACAAUAAGUACAAAUGUAAGUGAAGUAUUACAGUUCUAGCUAUCUUUGGACUUUGUUAUACUGUGCGAUCCAUGAAGAUAAUUUAUACUGAGUACGAAUUACGUAAUACCAUUGUCGUUUUAGCAAAUUAAUAUUAUCUCUACAACUGAAGAUGAUAAAACAGUAACGACAAGUACACCAAAUACGUGACAUAAAUAGUUGUUUUAAUUAAAAUCAGUGCAGUGUACCAAAUAUUCAUCUUGAAGUGGCAAUGCUGUAAAGGUGUACAUAUGGGAAGAGAAGUGCCUGAGAUUGAUCGUGAUUAAUAUAAUAUUGACUGAAAAAUGCAACCUUUGGUUUCGAGACAAUAUUAAAAGAAAAAGUUUUCUACCUUGUACGAUGAUAAUUAUUUUUCAAAAUUAUCACAGCCAUGUGGCAAUGGAAUUUUUCAUCCUUAUGAAUGAUUCCUUAUGAUUCAUCUCACACUGCUCCUAAUUCUGGCUGUGUUGAAUUUCACAAUAAUAUAUCUACAACCUGUAAUGUGCUUCUCAAUAAACAAAAAGUCUGCUAUUUCACAGUGUCAAUUAAUUGUCUGUAUGAUCCUCAGGAGGAACUUGACCGUAAAAGGUUAAUGCGAAGCAGUGUUACUGCAGAGGAUGGAACACGUAGACCAGUUUAUUCUCUCACCGAUGAUGGUGAUAUUUGGUGCCACAUUUGCAACAUUGCCUUAUUCGGAGCUCACAAGCUCAUUAGCCACAACUCGUGCAACCGUCAUAAAAUAAAAUUGGAUGAAUGGCCCUAUCCCGUAUUAUUGUGGUCUAAGAGAUCAGACAUAGUAAAAAAAACUGCACCAGCACCCGCUGAAACUAUGUCUGACACAUUAGCGCCUGGGGAACCAGUACCGCCAGGCAUGGAAGACCAAAUGACCAGAACAACCACCAUACAAAUGAGCUUGGACAGACAUCGCAGCUCCCCACUUGUGGGCUUGGAAUACCUUUUGGAAUUGGUUGACAGUGAUUUGUGUGAGCCAAGUUACACCUGUGUUCUAUGUGACAAGCGAGGUGACCCACGGACUGUGAUGGCUCAUAUAACUAGCUACAAUCAUCGCAUCACGUACUUGAAUCGACACUUUCCCACAAUAUCUCGUGCUAUCACAGGAUUACCGCGUACCCCUAAUUAUAAGCGUGGAGCUAAUGAAAUAUCCGUGCUAGUUGCAAAGAAGAUCGAAGAACGGUUUGGAAGACUUGAGCCCCAAUUGGUGGACAAAAAUCAGUUUGAGAAGAAUAAGAUGCAGUACAUCAAAAGAGUCUACCAAGACUAUCAUCUUCGGGAAACGCCUGAAUUCACAUUUAUGGAAGUUUUCGAUGUGCGGUGGGUGACGAACUUCGAUGAGAAGAUGGCUGAAAUUAGUGGUGGGUCUAAGAAAGAACCCUCGCUGCCAGAAGAAAAGCCAGAAGAAAAAUAUAAGAAAGAGGAGAAGAAAUCUGAAAAAUUAUCUCCGAAAAAAAUAGAAACAAAAACAGAUACUACCAAGUCGGGGUUCAAGAUUCGUAUUAUUGCCAAGGACAAAAUGAGUCUGCGCAAUGUAGACAAGGGUGGCGAAUCGACUACGAAAACUCCCCCAGUUAGGCCGUCAGAUGAUACAAAAUCUCUGUCUUCUGUGUCUAGCAUAUCCAGUAGCCCUUCACCAUCACGUUCUCGUUCUCGCUCUCCACCUAGAGGUAGGAAAAUCAGUUCAUUCGACAAAUCUAAUCGCUAUCGAUACAAAAAAUAUUCCAGGGAACGAUCACGUUCCCAUUCGUUAGAACCCCUUAAAGAAAGAGAUAAGUGGGACAAGUAUAGGGAUCAAAUUAGACGUGCUGAAGAGACUUUAGAUAGAGCGCUUAAGUUUCAUGAGAAAAACCCGGAAAAGCACCCUGCAUACCCAGAUGAGUGGAAGAAAUUUUGGAAUCGAAGAUACAAAGAAUUACAAGGAGAAGGGAAAGAUCCAAGUAAACACGAUUUCAAGCCCGAAUGGAUUGAAUUCUGGAACAAAAGAAUGCGUGAAAUGCAUAAUGAUCAGCUGAAACAGAGAAAAGAGGAAAUUAGGAAAAGAUUGGAAUUGCCGGAGGAUAAGCCACCAGAGAAAUGGACACCUGCACCUAAACGAGAGCGUUCGCCACCCUCAAAACGAAGGCAUCGCGUUGACAGCGACGAUGAGGUAGAAUAUGUUGGUACAAGGACACUAAAAGCCGAAUAUAUCCAUGAGCGACAUGAGCCAAGGGAUAGAGAAUAUUCGUAUCCAUAUCCUCGGGGACGAGGAGCGUAUAGGGGAUAUUUUCCCAGAGGAAAUUCGAGACCUCGAUACUAUGCCUCGCCGUAUCCUAUAAAAGAGAAAUCGCCUAGUCCCGUCCCCAAAGAAGAAGUGCUCAGUGAGGAUCUAGAAAUCGUUGGACUUCUGCGUUUACUAACAGCCCUGGAGGGACAGCUUGGCUCACUCGGCCCUAAAGUAGUUUCGUUACUAUCACGAGCUCUGGCAGCUGAAAAGGCUAAACCAAACUCUGCUGAGGAGCUUCUGUUCGAUGAAGAUGUGAAUGUUCUUUUCGAAACAGUGAAAGAAAAAUUAAAAGGACAACUAUUUGCUGGUAUGAUUGAAAAAAUGGCCAUUUCAGCAACCAAAUCUGCCAUACAAAAUAUUGCCCAGCUGUUGCAUAAAGCUGCUGAGUCAAAACGAAAGCUAGAGGAAGAGGCAAAGAAAAAAAAAAUGCUAGAAUUACUGGAGCCUAAACCGCCCACUUAUGUCAGUAGAACUGUAUUACCACGCACCGUCGAUGUGACACCAAUUAAAUCAGAGCCAGUCAGUGUACCUGGUGUUGGGGCUGUUGAUAAAGUGGCUAUAGCACAGCAAAUUGCCGCAGCUUUGAUUGCUCAAGGAAGGACAAACGUCUCUCACGAUGAACUAGAGACUCUGAUAAAUGCUGUGGUAGGAAUGGCAGAAGCAUCGAAGCAAUGUAAUAAACCUAUAACUGCAGCAGAUUUUGUCAAAGGUCUAACAGCAAGUAGUGAGCCAAAGCCAGCAGUUGGUCCCGAGGCUCAGGCUGCGAGAAUGGAAUCCUUAUCAGAUGCUGAUCUUAAGACACUUCUCCAAAAUUUUAAAGACUUGAGUACAGAUGAACAACAUGGACUAAUCAACUUUCUUAAAAAACUGGAAGCAACCGAUCCCACGAGAGUUGAGAAAUUAAGGGGUUUUGUUAAUUUGGGAACGCCUACUCCUCCCUCACCAAUUAGGAAACCUGUAAAAUCACCCACUCCGCUACCAGAAGACCCUAUAAUAAGACCAGGUAAGAGUAGUUCGCCAUUUUCAACUCGAAAAGGCACGCAAAACCCAACAGAUGAUGAAGAUAAGUGGAAGCCAAAAUUAGAUAUGUUUGCUACAGACGAAGAAGAAGCGUUGAAGAAAAAAUUAGAUGAUAAAGGUAAGGAGAAAAUAGAUCUAUCUGACGACGAUGAUGACUACACUUUUGAAGAUAUUUAUAAGGCAGCUGAUAAAAAUGUAAAUGACAAUGAAAAAGCGAAAAAAAAAUCAAGAUCCUAUUCAAGAUCACGUUCGAAUUCGCCUACCUCAUGGUCUAGAUCAGUUUCACGGUCGCCCAGAUCAAAACCAGUAGAAGUCUCAAAGAAUAGUGAUCCGAAUACAAUUUUAAAUGAAACAAAGAGACUCAUUGCUAAUAUUAUGGGUGACCUACCAAAUAAAUAUGUACCAAAGUCUCAUAUACCUUCUCCUAUUCCUAUUAAAGAGGACCACGAAUUGAUGUCAAGAGAUUUGAAAGCAAAUAUGGAGCUGGGACCUCCUGGUACUAGCACUGGGUCUCUUCCUAAUUCAUACAACCAGAGCUAUGAUUCUAAUCAACGUUCUCAGCUGGAACCCCAAAUUCAGCAGCAGUAUUCUAUCAUGCAGAAUCAAUUUCCAACGUAUCCCACUCAGCAGCAGGUUUAUAACAAUAAUCCUGGUUACAAUAUGAAUAAUGGCUAUAACUAUAAUCAGGGUUACGGAAAUAUGGGGGGUCAGGCUGCUUAUGGUACACCUCAAAUUGCACAAAAUCAAUACCCUCAAGUUCCUCAGCAAGGAUAUCCGCCUUACGGUGGACCUCCACCAUUGACAGGGUAUCCUCAGCAGCAGCCACAGCAGCAGCAACAAUAUGGAAACUAUCAACCACAGCAACGUUUCUACUAGUGAAUCAGGGCAGUUUAUAUUUUCGUUGAUUUGGUGCAUGAAAUCAUUUUUCAAUCUGCUGCCAAGUGAGAUAAACUGAUUUCUCUAUGUUCAGUUACUUUUUCUUACUUACAGUGUUCGGGCUUGAUUCAGAUACAGUAUAUUGCCCCACAGUAUCAUUUAACAAAAUGAUAAAUAUCAUCAGAUUUGUUGAAUCAAUGUUAUUUGGCAUUACUUCCCUCAUUUUCUAUUGAUUAAGAAUUGAAAUUAGUGAUGAAAUCAGAUAUUGCUCCAGUUGAUUAAAUCUUUCAGAAUAGAAAAACAAAAUUGAUUCCUCAUUGUUCAAGCAUUCGGACAAACACCAUAUGUUGUAUUUGUCUGGCAUCACAGCACAUCUAUUGUUUAGUUUAAUGAGUGUAAUUUUCAUGUUAUAAAUCAUUAUAUAUAUAUAUAUAUCUAUUUUAGCCACUCCGUUUUUAUUAUGUUAUUCCACACUGCGAAACAAAAAGAAUUUGCCUAACAAUACACGUGGGUGAUACCAAAUCGAUGUAUAAAACUAUUGAUACACUAUGACAUACCUGGAUGAUAUUGCAGAAAAGUCUUCAUUGUACAUACCAUUUCAUACAUUUGCCUAACAACUUGUCGGCAUAUUUAAAAAAUAAAAAAUUUGUAUUCUGGUUACGUUUUUUUAUAUGCUACUAACAUUGCAAUUGCAAAAGUCAUUAUUGAAGUCAAUCAUAAAUAGAUAUGAUGAAAUAAAGAAUUUUUCUUCUUUAAUUUCGAGACUGUUUAUUUGAAAUUUUUUAAUACAAAUAAACAAUUAGCAUAUCUGAAUUUUGUACUGGACGAAUCUAGAACUUUGUCUGAAGAAUCUGCAGUUACUUUCAACUAUCUGAAAUUGCAACCCCUAAUCUUGUGGUGAAAAUUAAGUUGAAGUACUGCUAUUGCAAUUGUGAUAUGUAAUGUUAUGUAAUAAUUACAUGUAAAUGAAAUGUGCUAUUUUUUAUUCGCUAUGUGUUUGUAUACAUAAUUUGAUCAUAUUCGAAGACGUAUACACGGUAAUUCUUGUAAAUAACGAUGGCUACGGAACAAAAUUAUUGUCAUUGUGUAAAUUAUCAUGAGCUUAGCCAAGCAAAAGAUAUGAAUAUGAUUAUUCAUUAUUUUUUGAUAUAACAAUUCCUAGUUCGAUUUCAACAGAAGUCACGUUAGGUUUAGAUUGAAAAUGCAAACCUCUAUAUUAUGGUCAUUAGACAGCAGCAUUUUUUCGUGAACAGGCUCUAAGAGUUGGAGUUAUUACAAUAAAACUUGGAAACGUCAAA